AUGGGAGCGGCUUUUGGCUCGGCGCUUAUCGUUCUGGCGGCGGCGCUCCUACCCGCAGGAUUGAUCGGCGGCGAAAGCGUCAGCGCUCAGACGACGAUUGACUACGACAUCGACGGCGACGGUCUCAUCGAAAUCACCUACCUGGAGCAGCUGGAUGCAAUGCGCUGGGACCCGUUUGGUGUGGGUAUCGCGGAUGACGGCCAUGCCAGGGAAGUGUACGAAGCCGCGUUUCCCGAGGCGGCGAAUACUAUGGGCUGCGAAGGGUUCUGCUUGGGAUAUGAGCUAACCAGAAAUCUGGAUUUCAAUAGCGACGGCAGCUACGCCUCGGGUGUGGUGAACAAAGAUUGGACCACCGGCGCCGGCUGGAUGCCCAUUUACAGCGAUCGCAGUGGUUUCGACGCUACAUUUGAGGGUAACGGCUUCACAAUCGCCAAUCUGUACAUCAAGCGGCGCGGAGCCUCUGACACUGGCAGCACCGCUUGCUCGGAUUACCCGUCGUGA